GCUCUGAAUUCUUUAAAUAUUAUCUCUUCGUUUAUAUAUUCUCUCUGGAGCUUUAACUGGAUAUAUAUGUAUUUAAAUUCUCUCCAGGUCACUUAAUCACAUACCAUCCUUCACAUUUUUCACUUCCUGUCUCCUCACUGGAAUUUAUAGUGCUGAGUAGUCUCAUCAGCUAUUACCUUACUGCUUACCAAUUUUCUCUUCAGCUGUGCCUAAUCUUCCCUUUAGCCCAUUUUUUUACUUGUAACAAAUAUAUUUUUCAUUUUUGAAAGUUCCACUUGGUUCUUUUUCAGAUGUACCCAGACAUUCUUCAUUGCCACAUGUUCUCAUGUUGCUUGCUCGUUUUUGAGACCUAUAACUAUUCUGAAGACUCUAAUGCAAUCUCUAUGUCUGGCAUCCUAGGAAGUCUUAAAAUUUAUUACUUUCUAGUACUUUUUGUUGUUGUCUCUUCUUCAUGGUGACUUGUUACCUCUUGUGCUUGGUCAUCAUUCAUUAUGAAUUGCUAUUUGGUUGAUUUUUGUGAGAAUCUUGAGACUCUAGGGUGGGGGUGCUUUUCUUAAGCAUUUGUGUCGACUUUGGCUGCCGUUCAGAGUUUAAAUUAGUUCCCACAUUGGCUUCUGGCUCAGUGUCCUGAUCGCGCUUCUGCUUUUGGCACAACUACUUGGAGCUCUCGACUGCCCAGUUUAAUUCCUAUCUGAUGUUUAUUGCUUUUGGAGGCAGAGGGUGGCCUUAAGCAUUCCCCUAUUUCUUGUGAGCUCAGCAAAACAUCAAAAGUUUUUUUUUAAUUAGGGUCCAGGUUUUUUGCGGUAGUAGAGUCCCCAGAAUGUCUAAUUCACUUUAACUAAUGAGGUCGUAAGUCCUUUAUUUUAAUAUUUAAUUUUGGCAAUAUAGUUAUUCUAGUUUGUGUUAGAAAAAAUUCUCUUGUAUUCAACGUAGGAUUUCUUGAUGACAGAUUUUUUUUGUUGAAACAAGUCUAUGCCUAAGUUAAAAGUUAUUUGAAAGGAAAAUAUUAACAGCACAGGUGUCAAAUAAGUACAUCAGAGUUAGACUCGAGAUGACCUAAGUGUAAAAACUGCUGUCAGAGACAUGAGCAGGGUGCUCCAGGCUUCUAGAACAGAAGUGCAAAAAUAAACGUCAUAGUGGGAAAGUCAGGAAAGGCUUCCAGGAAUUGAGUAUUAAGGACUGGUUGGUAGUAGGUGGCUUUGGAGCAAGUUUAUUUAGGAAUGACAGGCAGUUGGGAAUGACUGGCUUCUUGGUUGUGUGUCAUGGAAUGACUAGAGAUGAAAAGAAGGAAAUGGAUUCACAAAAGGCCUCCUGUGCUCAUAGUACGGAGGUUGGACUUCAUUCGGAAGAUGAGGGGAGUUGUUGAAUCAUUUAAGCAGCUAAUUUGCUAAGUAAGAUGAUCCAGGUUCUAGAGGAUGCCAAGAUUAAAGGCAGGCCACCAGUUAGGAGACUGCUUGUGAAAGUAGCUCAGAGGAGAAUCGAUGAAGGUAGGAUGCAGGAGUGGCACUGGGCGUGAAGAGUGUGUGCCAGUUCUAGAUCUCCCGGGGAAGUAGGAAUGACAGGACUUAGCGGCCAGUUGGUUGCAAACGUUGGGGGAGACAGAAGAGUCUAGGUGUGACUCCUCUGGUUUGGGUAACCAGGAGGCAUAUAGAUCAAUGAACCAUUAAACCACAUACAGAAAGAGGAAAGAACUUGGCUUCAUUUGUUUUUGAGGAAAAAGAUGUUUGUUUCUGAACUUACUGAAUUUGAGGGGCUUGUGGGUCAUCUUGGUUAAGAUUCAGAGGCAGUUGAUGGGGGAGGGUCUACAAGCCAAGAGAUGCAACCCCGCCUGAAGAGAUUCGGGAGUCUGCAACGCCUGGAAGCCCAGAAGCCGUUGUUCCUACAGCAUAGUAUGAGAUCAUUUGGAGUGGUACAUAGAUAAACAAUGGAGGUUUUUCAUAGCUAGCAGUUUAAUUUGUAUGAAAACUGUAACCUGUGCAACAAACCUGUAAUACUGUGGACAUGAUCACUUAGGCCAAGUGAGCUCAAUGAAAGGGAAAUAUUAAGUAAAAAUCCAUGUGAUAUGUGGGCAAUGGCAAAAUCUUGGUGAAGCUGUGCAAACAAGGCUCAGAAAGUGCUGUUUUAAGCCAUGGGUUGGUGUAUAUGGUCACCCAAGGAGAGAGUAAGAGUGGGAAGAAAAGAGAGUUGACGUAUGGGUGGCGGGGAAUGGAGAAGAAGAGGCCGUGAAGGAGACUGAGGAAGAGCAGCCAGACGAAUAGGAGGAGAACCAGGAGAAGAUGGUCUUUGGAGUCCAGAUGAAGAGUUCUGAGAAGGAGGAAGUGGUCCACAGCGUCAAGACCGUGCACCAUGGACGAUUUUGCAGAGGGAGAUUUUGCUGUAGGGGAUUAUGCCUUGUUAGGAGAUUGCCCUUGUGAGGACGAUACCCAUGAAUUUAUGACUGAUGAGUAUGUUCGUGUGACUCAGCUUUACUGUGAUGGUGUGGGAAAGCAAUAUAAAGAUUAUGCCCAAAGUGAAAGAAAUUUAGAAUUUGACAUCUGCAAUAUAUGGUGUAGUAAACCCCUUUCUAUCCUACAAGAUUACUGUGAUGCCAUUAAAGUAUACCUCUUCUGGCCACUUCUGUUUCAACAUCCACACAGUUCUGUUUUAUCACGAUUGCAUCCCUGUGUGGAGAACACCAAUUCUUGUGCUUCUGAGAUAAGUUUGAAGAAAUUACAACAUCUUGAGCUGAUGGAAGAUAUUGUGGAUUUGGCAAAAAAAGUUGCGAAUGAUCCGUUCCUUAUUGAAGGCUUAUUGAGAAUUGGUUAUAAAAUAGAAAAUAAAAUCUUGGCAAUGGAAGAAGCUAUAAAUUGGAUAAAAUAUACAGGCGAUGUAACAAUUCUACCUAAAUUAGGAUCAAUUGACAAUUGUUGGCCUAUGUUAAGUGUUUUCUUUACUGAAUACAAGUAUCACAUAACUAAAGUUGUAACAGAAAACUUCAAUUUGCUUGAAGAAUUUAAAACCCGAAAUUGUGCGGACUGUAUAGAGCAAGGAGAACUAAUGAAACUGAGAGGAAAUGAAGAGUUUUCCAAGGGAAGAUUUGAUAUAGCUAUUAUCUAUUACACCAGAGCCAUUGAAUAUAGACCUGAAAACCAUCUUCUGUAUGGUAACCGAGCUCUUUGUUUUCUUCGUACUGGACAGUUUAGAAAUGCGCUUGGUGAUGGAAAGAGAGCCAUUAUUCUGAAGAACAACUGGCCUAAGGGUCAUUAUCGUUAUUGUGAUGCUCUUUCUAUGCUGGGGGAAUAUGACUGGGCCCUGCAAGCAAACAUAAAAGCUCAAAAACUCUGUAAAAAUGACCCUGAGGGAAUCAAGGAUCUAAUUCAGCAGCAUGUAAAGUUACAAAAACAAAUAGAAGACCUACAAGGUCGAACACCAACUAAGAAUCCACUUAAAGCCUUUUAUGAAAGCAGGGCCUAUAAUCCUAAGACUUUAUCAGCACCUGCAUUUAGUACUUCACUUAAUUUUGUGGAGACAGAAAGAGAUUUCAGAAAAACUGACCGCAAAAUGGCAAACAGUGGUAAUCAGAAUAUAAAGGCGGUAGAUGAGGCUUUGAAGGUGGAUGAUUGUGACUGUCACCCUGAAUUUUCUCCUCCACCAAGUCAGCCUCCAAAACAUAAAGGAAAACAAAAACCUCGAAAUAAUGAAUCAGAGAAGUUCAGUUCUAGUUCACAGUUGACAUUACCAGUAGAUUUGAAAAACAUCUUAGAGAAACAGUUCUCUAAAUCUUCCAGAGCUGCACACCAGGAUUUUGCUAAUAUAAUGAAAAUGCUGCGAAGCUUGAUUCAGGAUGGCUACACAGCCUUGUUGGAGCAGCGUUGCCGCAGUGCUGCGCAAGCCUUCACAGAGCUGCUGAAUGGCUUAGAUCCCCAAAAGAUAAAGCAAUUGAAUCUGGCCAUGAUUAACUAUGUCUUAGUAGUCUAUGGACUUGCCAUUUCUCUCCUUGGAAUAGGACAGCCUGAGGAAUUAUCUGAAGCUGAAAACCAGUUUAAGAGGAUUAUCGAACACUACCCCAAUGAGGGACUCGAUUGCCUGGCCUACUGUGGAAUUGGAAAAGUAUAUUUGAAAAAAAACAGAUUUCUAGAAGCCCUGAAUCACUUUGAGAAAGCAAAAACCUUGAUUUGUCGUCUUCCGGGAGUGUUAACGUGGCCCACGAGUAAUGUAGUUAUUGAAGAGUCUCAGCCAGAGAAAGUAAAGAUGCUGAUAGAGAAAUUUGUUGAAGAAUGCAGGUUCCCUCCAGUGCCUGAUGCCAUUUGUUGCUAUCAGAAGUGCCGUGGAUAUUCCAAAAUCCAGAUAUACAUAACUGAUCCUGACUUUAAGGGUUUUAUACGAAUCAGCUGUUGCCAGUAUUGUAAAAUAGAAUUUCACAUGAACUGCUGGAAGAAAUUGAAAACAACAACAUUUAAUGAUAAAAUUGACAAGGACUUUCUACAAGGAAUUUGUCUUACCCCUGACUGUGAAGGUAUCAUUUCUAAGAUUAUCAUCUUCAGCAGUGGCGGUCAAGUUAAAUGUGAAUUUGAACACAAGGUCAUAAAAGAAAAGGUUCCUCCAAGACCUAUUCUGAAACAGAAAUGUUCUAGCCUAGAGAAGCUAAGACUGAAAGAAGAUAAAAAAGUGAAGAGGAAGAUCCAAAAACAAGAAGCAAAAAAGUUAGCACAAGAAAGAAUGGAAGAGGAUUUAAGAGAAAGUAAUCAACCCAGAAAUGAAGAGCCAAAAGAAACUGUAGACAAUGUUCAGAAUUGUCAGUUCCUUGAUGACAGAAUUCUUCAAUGCAUAAAGCAGUAUGCAGACAAGAUUAAAUCUGGUAUUUUGAACACAUCUAAGCUUCUCAAAGAACUGCUUUCUUGGAAAGUUCUGAGCACAGAAGACUAUACAACCUGUUUUUCCAGCAAAAAUUUUCUAAAUGAAGCGGUGGACUAUGUCAUUCGUCAUUUGAUUCAAGAAAAGAAUAGAGUAAAGACAAGGAUAUUUCUGCAUGUUUUGAGUGAGCUGAAAGAAGUGGAGCCCAAAUUAGCUGCCUGGAUCCAGAAGCUUAAUGGCUUUGGCUUAGACGCCACAGGACCUUUCCUUUCUCGUUACCGAGCAACUCUUAAGGAGCUUGAUUUUAGCAUCAUGACCUUUCUGUGGAGUGAGAAAUAUGGUCAUAAACUGAAGUCUAUAGAGGGAAAGCAACUGGAUUACUUCUGCGAGCCCUCAGCAUUGAAGGAAGCGCGUUGUUUAAUAUGGCUGCUGGAAGAACACAGAGACAAGUUCCCGGCCCUGCACAGUGCCUUAGAUGAAUUCUUUGACAUAAUGGACAGUCGCUGUACUGUGCUACGGAAACAAGACAGUGGGGAAGCACCAUUAAGUUCUACUAAGGUGAAAAACAAAGGCAAGAAAAAAAAGCCAAAAGAUUCAAAGCCUAUGUUAGUGGGCUCCGGAACAGCUUCAGUUACAGCGAAUGAUGAGACUGUCACUCCAGGGGAAGACCAUAACAGACGCAAUUCAGACUCUGCAGGCCCAUUUGCAGUGCCUGACCAUCUUCGGCAAGAUGUGGAGGAAUUCGAAGCUCUCUAUGACCAACACAGUACUGAGUAUGUUGUUCGCAACAAGAAGCUGUGGGACAUUAACCCACAACAAAAGUGCUCAACUCUGUAUGAUUACUUCUCUCAGUUGUUGGAGGAACAUGGUCCCUUGGACAUGAGCAACAAGAUGUUCUCUGAAGAAUACGAAUUUUUCCCAGAAGAAACUCGACAGAUACUAGAAAAAGCAGGAGGUUUAAAAUCUUUUCUGCUGGGAUGUCCUCGUUUUGUUGUAAUUGACAACUGUAUUGCAUUGAAGAAAGUUGCAUUACGACUCAAGAAAAAAAGAAAGAAGAAAAACAUUAAAGCAAAAGUGGAAGAAAUUUCAAAAACAGGAGAAUAUUUGCGAGUUAAACUACCACUGAAUCCAGCUGCUAGAGAAUUUAAACCAGAUGCGAAGUCCAAAACAGUGUCUGACUUACCUUCGGCCCCAGCUCCUGAGGAUGUGAAGCCCAGGCCCAUAUCUGCUGAUUCUCCCAAACCAGCCUGUGAAGAUGUGAAGCCCAAGUUGGUCUCUGAGCACUCUUCCCGGCCAGUUCCUGAAGAUGGGAACCCUAAGGGGCCUUCCUCUGGUUCUCCCAAACCUGUCUCUGAGGAUGCAAGUCACAAGCGAGCCUCCUCACAUUGUCCCAAACCAGUUCCUGAAGAUGUGAAAGCAACCUACUGGACACAGUCCCAUUUGGUCACAGGAUACUGUACCUAUCUUCCCUUGCAGGGAUUUGACAUCACCCAGACACCGCCAGCAUACAUCAACGUGUUACCAGGCUUGACCCAGUACGCUGCCAUCUACACACCUUUGGCCAGUAUUUCUUCUGAAUAUCAGCUGCAAAGAUCAAUACCCGUGGUGCCGUCUUUUGUCGCCAGUGACACAGCAGAUAAAAACUCUGCCAUGUGUUUUGAGGGUCGUCCUCUGAAUACUGAGCAAGCCUCUGGGGACCAGAUGACCCUCCAAACACAGGUCCAUGAACAGCCUUUGGGAAUACCCGUGAAGUCGCAGUGCAGCACAGAUGGUGCCGAUCUGUCCCCGAGUGAGUCUAGCAGAAAUGCUGGGCACCUUGGGAGUCCUAAGAAGUGCGAAGUAAAUCCAGAAAGUACCGGUGCAAUAACAGAUGCUCCACAGACGCAGGUGGCUGCCACACAGGUGUCCUCAAACAUAAUGCACCAAGAAGUCAACACUGAGCCGGAAGAUCCUCUUAUGGCACCACAAGGGGAUAUUUCACUGAUUGAAAAAGAGUACCAAGGAUUACAAGAGCAGCUUAAGGAAGCAUAUGAAAAUUAUGAGCAGAUAAAACUCAAGGGCUCAGAAGAGACCAGGGAGCUAGAAGAAAAGUUGAAAAGGAAUUUAGAAGAAAACAAGAUCUCAAAGACAGAAUUAGAUUGGUUCCUUCAAGAUUUGGAAAGAGAAAUUAAAAAAUGGCAACAAGAGAAAAAAGAAAUCCAAGAAAGACUAAAAGCACUGAAGAAGAAAAUCAAAAAAGUUUUCAAUGCGGGUGAGAUGUCUACCCAGAAAAAUGAUGGAACAGAACAGGAACGUGAAUUACAUGUGGAUCAAUCCGAUGAAAUCAGUGAUACAUUUACAGACGAGAGGAAGAAGCUGGAAGAGUGUGUAAAGAAAGGGAAGGAGCGUUACGAAGAGAGCCGCCGAAGAGCCAUGGCUGCAGAGGUCUCCGUGCUCAAGAACUGGAAGGAGCGUGAAGUGUACAAGCUGCAGGCCCUGGGAAGCCGGGCAGAAGCCUGCCUGAAGAAGCUGGAGCAGGCACGCAGUGACUCUGCAGCAUGUUCUGACAUAGAGUGUGAUAUACGUUCAUGGAAAUCGUUUCUUUCUAAUGUUGCAGAAGAAAUUGAGAAAGUAAAGUCUCAGUUUGAAGAACAAAUUAAAGCGGUUAAAAACGGUGCUCGGCUCAGUGAGCUCUCUGCAGUGCAGACUUCCGAGCUCCAGUUUCCUGCCUGUGGCACGAUUCAUCCUAAGUUGCCUCCGGAGUCUUCAGGCCCCGAGGACGGGGGGUCUGUGGUUUCUGCAGGUGGCGGCCAGGGAAACCAACCCACAGUUCAUAAGGAUUCGAGCCUGCUCUCUGCCCACACUUGCCCAGUGGAGGCUCCUUCUGCCCCAGCGAAGUCGUCCUGUGGCCAGCCUGAGGCCACUCAGCUGCCAGAGUCUAAGAGGGCCAGCCGAGCGCCUGCAGAACAAAGCCCCGGGGCUGCUGAGAAACCGCCCGCCGCGCCGGGACAUGCUUCUCACUCAAGCCAGUCUCCAAAGAAGGCCUCCAGUAGUGUCGUCGAGCACCUGGGGGUGGUGUUCCCGUGCUACAGCAGCACUGAACUUGCUGGGUUCAUUAAAAAAGUGCGGAACAAAAACAAGAACUCACUGUCAGGAUUGAGUGUCGAUGAGAUUGUCCAAAGAGUUACAGAACACAUUCUUGAUGAACAGAAAAAGAAAAAGCCAAAUCCAGGGAAGGACAAGAGGACAUCUGAGGCCAGCUCCGCUGCUUCUGUGACCAGGUCCUCCCAGGGCCCCGCCUCCGCGGCAGUUGGACCAUCAUCACCCAGAGCCAAGGAUCGGAAAACAGCUGAUGUCCCCAUGAGUGCUGCAUCCAGUGCAAAUUCCUGUGAAAUAUGCCACGAGGUGUUCCAGUCCAAAAAUAUGCGUGUGCUGAAAUGUGGACACAAGUUUCACAAGGGGUGCUUUAAGCAGUGGCUGAAAGGGCAGAACGGCUGCCCUGCCUGCCACAGUCGCGACCUCCAGGCAGAGGAGUAGCCCGCCCCUUGUGGAAGAGGCCAGCCCAGUGGAGGUCGGGAACCCCUUCGUCCAUGCCGGGUGUUCACACUUCACUGAAGCCUAAUCCACAGCAUCUGAAUGUGAAAUGGAUGGCCUUCGGUUUAAAAGAGCAACAUUUGAAGAUUCUUACAUUGUGCCACAGUGCAUUGCUUAAUUUUCCCCACUCUGAGUAAACAUUUUGGUGAUAGCCAAAGAGUAGCUGAGAAAAUGAUGUGCCCCAGUCCCUGCACUGGUGAGGCUGCUGCCGAGGCCCUGGGAUGGUGCCUGGAGCUGGACAGGAGCCAGCCGACUCUUGACCUGCUCAAGUGCCCCUUUUUAGGAAAAUCUCUAGCAGCUCCUCAACAGAGGAUACUGACCUUUGAAGAUUUUUAUAAGAUUCAAUACUCCUGAAAAUACACUCACAUUUUCCUCAGAUUCUAGAUUUUAGAAGUGGGCUAAAGCAAACCACAUUUUAAUAAUAUAUAAUUAAUGUAAAAGUAUUGGCUGUUGUAGACCAAAAGAUUAAAAUUUCCUCUUCGUGAAAUAUGUGCUUUUGAUUUUUCAUUUCAUUAUUUUAUUUUCUUUGCAUAACCUUUAAAAAUUUUACUUUUAGAAUUUUUGCAUACAUUUAAGUGUUUUUCACCUUUUAAAGGUGGAUUCUGAUUUUUGAAAACCAAUUACAAAUAACUUUAUUAUUAUCAACCAAGACUUUUUUACCCCUAAAAUUGAGGCUGGCAGUUCGCCAUUCCAGCCCACGUUUGGAACUUACCUUUGAGCACUGCACUCUUCUCAGUGGUGGCGUUUGUCCUGUCUCUUUGAGCACUGCACUCUUCUCAGUGGUGGCGUUUGUCCUGUCUUAGGCCGUCAGCAGGCGCUUGGUAUGUGCGUGCAGCGCAGGGCUGAGCACACGGGCGCUGUGCAGUCAUCAGCAUCCUCCUCCCAUACCCCAUCCCAAAAGAGAAGCCCGCGUCAUCAGACCACCCUGGGCGUCUGUGUUAGCGCUGCUUGUGUCUGACAUCCGCGUAGAGUGAACGCAUGCAGUCUUGUGGCCUGAGAACAAACCUGUCACUGCGUUAGAAAAUAUUUAAGCAUUAGCUGUCUUCUAGUGACCUGUUGACAGUGCUGAGUAGGAAACAUGCGUCCUGGACACAUUCCGUGACUCUCAAACACGAAGGAUCAGAGACUUGCGUUCUUUGUUCGACCGGAAACCUCAAGGCACACACGGUCGAGCUGAUUUGGUCUCUUGCCUCUCUUCCGUCAACGUGAGUUCUGAUGUCUUAGUGACUUAGUCCGUAGAAGUCCUUGUUUGGAAAACAUCCUGUGUGGUGGCCCCUAAAACUCUGUGUGCGUGUCUGUCACAGCUGAGAGCCGUGGUGUUAAAUACAGUGGGGCCAUUGGCCAAUUUGUAGCAACAGGCAGGAGGGAGAAGAGCAGCUGUCGAGUGAGAACGUGUUUUGUCCCCAGCUUCCGGUUCCUUGUGACCAUGCCUUACAUCUGUCCAGUAACUUUCAGAAUAAAGAGCAUUCUAAAUUA